AUGUUAAGAUUCUUUCAUGGGUGUCCAGUUGGAACCAUAUAAAAACCAUCUAUUUGUUAAAACAGUUAAGAGGUUAGAAAAUUAUCUUUUACAUAGAGGAAUGAAUAUGCAUCUAUAUUAUUUUGAUAUUAUAUUUAAUCUUUCUGCUAUGGGACGCAAACAAAACAAGAAAAUAAAUUUGAUAUAUUCUCUUGUAGAUGAGAUGAUACAGCAGCGCGAAGAUGAAUUAUUAAAUAAUGUGAAUACAACUAAGGAUGGACAGAAGCGAACUCAAAAAUCGGCGGCUUUACACAAGUGCGCUCGUCUCACCGAGAACUACUCGUCACGGGAACGGCAGCUCGCCUCGACUACAGCUGACUUUCGGCAGAAUCUCUCAAUAUCGUACUUCGUCCUGCAUCCUUCCACUAUCGCUACCACAGCACAAGUGCCGAGUGCCGCUGCUUCCGUGAUCUCGCCGGGCCGGUGGGCCCAAGUGGUACUUCAGUACGCGCCCCUAAUUGGCGGGCGUGCGAGCUCGCGAUCUCCACGAAUCGCGUGUGGUGCGUAG